AUGCACGGCAGGGAGAGCUGCCGUCUCAGUGACUUGGACAUUCCAGUGGUGGUCUAUACCAGUGACCUACAGUGGCUGCAGACCCAGCCUCUGGAGAAGAGCAAAAAGGACGAUAUCAGCAAACUCUUGCAAGUGGCGCCUGGCAUUGUCUUUUGCGCGAAGCUUGCGGCGUCAACCUGCCUUGGCAAAAUCUCAGCCGUCAGCGGGGCAAUCCUGCAAGCCGUGGGCGAAAAGGCCUUGCUGCCAGGUCUUUUCAGCAGCCUUGGUGAGAAAGGCUUGAGAGGCUUGUACGACUGGCUCAAAGGGAUGCUCAGCACUGCAAAAGCUGGCAGCAUCAUCAGUGGCAUUGCAGGCGUCUUGAUCGGCCAUAUUGCGGCACCUGUUUAUGCUUUCCUGGGGAUGCAUCAAGCCGCUGUAGGCCCUCGGGGCUGCAGCUGUGGGAGGCGCAGCAGCGGCGUUGGCCGUUGGUCUGGCCGUGCCUGCAGUAAUUGCAGGUGGGAGCUCGGCACCGGGCUGAGGCACUGGAAUUGUUUGAGUCCGUGA